CGCCCUCGUGCCCUUCGCCUGGGCCCUGCCGCUGCCCGCCGCGCAGCCCUACCACUACGCCUUGCGCGUCGCACAGGGCGCCUGCGCGGGUGCCAUGUGGCCUGCUUUGCACAUGCUGGGCACCAGCUGGUAUCCUCCACUGCAGAGAACCGGAUAUGUUUCCUGCUAUUCAACGGUGGCGCUGGGGCAGGCGCUGGCCGGGCUGGCAGGCGCGCCGCUGGUGCGCGUGGCCGGGCGCGACGCGCUGUGCUACGUGCUCACGUGCCUCAGCCUGCUGUGGUUCCUGGCGUGGCUGCGCCUGGUGCGCGACGCCCCCGCCAACCACCCGCGCGUCUCCGAGGAGCAGCGCGCGCGCCUGCACGACGCCAUCGGACCGGCCGUCGCGCAGCCCGGCGAGGUGGCGCCGCUGCCCUGGCGGCAGCUGCUGCUGUCGGUGCCCGUGUGGGCGUGCGCAGUGGCCAACCUGGGCGGCCAGUGGGGGCAGGCCACGCUGCAACUCGCCGUCACCAAAUACCUCAAGCUCGUCUACGGCUUCGCACUCACAUACGACCACGUGCUGGGCGUGCUGCCGCCCGUGGGCCAGUGCAUGGCCGGGCUGUUCCUGGGGCAGCUGGCGGACCGCGCGCGCGGCUCCGCGCUCGUCUCCUCCACCACCGCGCGCAAGCUGCUCGUCUACACCUCGCACUUCCCGGCCGGAGCCAUGCUGUUCGUGGUGGGGUACAGCGGGUGCGACCCCACGGCGCCCGCAGCGCUCUACACGGCGGCCGUCGUCAUCAGCGGCGCCACCGCGGCCGGCGUCCACGCCAGCGCCAUCGACGUCGCGCCCAACUACGCCGGCACUGUGUUCGGGCUGAGCCAGACCCUGGGCGCUGCAGGCGGCUUGGCCGGAAGCUACGUGGUCACUGAGGCGCUUCACGGCUCCCUGCCGGGGUCGUGGCGGCUGCUGUUCGGCGUGGCGUCGCUGGUGCUGGGCCUCACGGCCACGUUCUUCCUGGGGUUCGGCAGCGGCAGCGUGCAGCCGUGGAACGGCGGCGCCCCGCCGCCCGCCCUCGCGCCCGAGGACCCGCCGCUCGCCCUGGGCGACCUGGCCACGCCCACCACCGUCCCGGAGUCCACAGACUCAGAGGCCGGGCCCUCCGGCCCCGUCGAGCUCGCCACGCCCCCCGAAGGGGAGGACACGUCCUCCGCCGACCAGGCCACGCCCCCCACCGGCGAAGACGCGGCCGCCGGCGUGGCAGCCGCCGCGUCGCCCGCGUCACAGGCCACCGGACCAGAAUCUCGUGACGCACCUGAGAGCACCCAAACCGCAGUCACCUUGAAGAUGGAGGCAGAAGCGAAGACACUGGCGGAUUCGAAAACCAUGCUGGAGAAGACAACGCAGGGCGAGUCCGAAGAUCCUGCAGCCUCUCAAGGAAGUAGAUCUCAGAAAAAAUUGAAAACUGAUAUCAGCAAGAAAACGUUGUCCCACCCAGAAGACCAGACUUCCAAACCUGAUCCCACCGCUUCACCCAAGAACACAAUUCAAUCACACGUCUCUACGAGUGAAAACGCGCCUGGUGACUGAGAUUCUUGACAUUAAGAAGGGUUACUUUUCUCCAGAAAGUUGCGACAGUCCGGUGUAUGGACCUCUCUGUACCAGUUUUACUCUGUGUACGGAUCUUGAAUAUAAUGUACAAGAGAAUGGCGAGACAUCACGUUUUCGGCUAUCAGUACAUUGAAUUCUCAAUCCAAAAACCUCACAUUAACUUUCGAAUUUUUCUUGUUACAAACACAUUUGAAAGUUAAACUCAAUUUUACUUAUUAAAACUAGUAAAAGUAAAAAUUAUAACGAUUCUACAAAACAUUGUGUAUCAUAAUUCAAUGUACCUACACAUUGUUUUACUGAUUUAGAGAGGUGCUAAUGAAUCAUUACAAAUACUAUUCCCUUAUAAUAAUUAGUGUCACCUCAUAUUCCUGGACUUAUUGGUUCAGAUUGAUGAAAGAUUGUGAUUGCUUUAAAAGGUGUUGGCAAACAAUUGUCUGGAUGUAAUCAGCACACUUUCAUUCAAAUUUUUCUAUUUUUUCUUUCUUUCUUAGCUGAGUGAAAGUUUUUUUAUGGCUUUUACACGUUAAACACAUGAACAACAAUAUUUGUGUUGAGCAUGUAUCAUAAUAGAGGUAAUGGUUAAAAAACCUUCAUUCCUAUUUUAUUAAUUGUAAAAAAAACAAACAAUGUGUAUCGCCUGCAUUGGAAGAUACAAGCAAAAACUUGUGAAAAAUGUACAAUCAAUUAAUUUUAAUUUUUAAAAUCAGUAUUAUGACACAAUUAGUAGGAAUUGGGUAGUAGGGCAUGAUUUGGCUUUGGGUCUUUGCUAUAAUGUUCAAAGAAUGCUUUAUUAAAGAAAAAAAUGAGAUGGUGUAGAAAAUAUAAUUUUUGUUUGUGUUACAUAUAAAAUAGUUAAGGGAAAUAGCAUCAACAAAUUAGAAAUCCAUGACCAAAGAUUUACUUACAUAAGUUUUCAUGUCAUUCUCUUAAGAGUAAUAAUUUAUAUGAAUUUGAUACAUUUCUUUACUGAAUUUUUUAUUUGAGCAUGUUUUUUUCAACAGUAUUAAAGAACUGUUUUUGAAGUAAAAUGCAUUACUGAAGUAGAUGAGAUAUUUUAAAUAACUGAUGUUUUCUUUACCACAUUUGAACAUUUUUUGUGAUAAAGAAAAAAAUCAUUGUUCAAAUUCAUACAUUCACUUUAAUUAUUAUAGCUUUUAGUGGAGGAAGUCAAUUUUAAUUGUGUUGUAAAAUUGUAUGGUUCAAUAAAAUUGAAUUCUUAUUUUAGCAAAGAGUUUAGUCAAUAUUUAUAUUUUUUAUUAACAAUAUUUAUCACUGUCAUUGCAUUUUAACAUUUUGAAUAUGUUAUGGGAGUCAUGAUCUCAAACAUUCCAAUUUUACAGGAAACCAGCACAACAUUCUAUUUUAUUUGUUUUAAGCCAAAUUUAAAAUAAUUACCGCUGAAUAUUGAAGAGAAUUUGUCUGAAAAUUAGUUGGAAAAGUAUUUUAACUCGUUUAUUGAAUAAAAAGUUGAAAUUCAAUUUUGUUGUAGUAUCAGAGGGUAAGAAUGUUGACAAGAGAUUGCUUUUCAUCGUAACAUUGAACUUCUUUUUAAAAUUUUUUGCCUACCCAUUUCCCCUUCAGACUUUCUGGGGUUAUUAUUUACAAUAUACAAUUACAUGAACACAUGACAGUCUACUUCACUUACACCAGGGGGAAAGUUCAUGUUAAGCUUAUGUUUUAUUCUAAUAUUCAACUAAAUAUCUCAAUGUUUAUAUUAAUGAUUUAAUAAAUUGUUUAUUUUGAAGAUUUUAGAUUAUAAAUUCAUUAAUUUUGUAUACCACAACUAAAGCAAAGUUAUUCAUUAGUGAAUUUAUUUAUUAAUUCAUGCUAUAUUACACUAAUAAAGCUUCAGUUAUGAAACUGAAUUAUCAUACUAUUACAUAAACAUGGAAGAUGCUUCUAUUGUUCGAUAAGGAAGAUAGAAUGAACACGGCAAAGAUCCUUUUAUUCUGCAUGUACCUUUAGUGCAAUUUGAAAUAUGCAGAAUGACAUUUGCAAGCAGUUGAUAAUCAUAAAAUCCUUGAUGUAUAGACAGUAGGUAGAUAAGUAGAUAGAACAUCAACAACAAUCCUCUGAGAAGACAGUAGAUAUUAAACUGAAUUAUCAGCACUUUUUUAACAAUUUUUUAUUAAUUUAAUUUCGUUUGGUGAAAGAGAAACAAAAAUAAUUUCAAUACAUUAUUUUAUUAAAAUUGAUAUUAAUAAUGUUUCAUAAAAAUUGUGCAAAAAAUGAAGUAAUGGCAUUAUAACAGGUCAUAUUAGAUAUUUUGAAACUACCUAAUUUUUCCAGCUUUCUUAUUUUAAAAUUAGUAAAAUCAAUUAUGAAUUUUUUUUAUCAAAAGUAUUUUCACUGGUAUUUAUAUAGUUACUUGUAUUGACGACCAAAACAACUUUUUGAGGCGACAAUUAUGUAACAUUAUAUCUAUUAAUAGUUUGCUACAAAAAUUAUGAUAUAUUACUCAAGUUUGUGACGUUCAAGUUGUCAGCACUGGCUGGAGGGUGUGUUCCAAGACCUCACCUUCAUUAGUUGUUUCGCUGCCGGAGUUUGAGACGGAUGGGCGGCGCGAAAUACAGUGGUAGUGUUGUGCCAGUGAAAUCGAAAGUGAAAAUUUUGAAGCCUUGUCAAGUGUUAUGGGUGGAUACGUCAUGGGCUGAAGGUAAGUGCAACUAAAUUAUAACUUCUUUACCUUACAUUCGGCUCAUUCUACAUAGAAUGUUUUUUUUAAUGUUCAUUCUUACUUGCGUCUUAAUUUAGCAAUAGUUUUUAUUCACGUUGCGUUCCGUUCAUAUCAGUUUAUUCAAAAAGUUAAUUCAUCGUACUGGUUUGAGGGGUAGUAAUUUGGUUUAAUCCUUGCCUUGUAUUUCAAUAAAACGAUUCUCGAAAUGCGACAUUGAUGUAUUGUGAAUGAAAUUUAUAACAACUGAUUGUUUUUGAGGUGUGUAAUUAACGUUACUUAAUUGUUGUGUAAUUACGUUAAAAUAGGUGCUUCUAAUAUUAACGAUUGUUUAAGUUUAAAAUAAAACUCAUUAUCAACAAAUGCGCCCAUUAAAUAUAUUACGGAAUACAUCUCUUUCAAAAUUAUGUUUUAUUUGGUAAACUAUUGGAAACGUAGACACAAAAUAAUUUCGAAGGAAACAAGGGAUGACUGCAUUAAAAUAAUUCAAUAGCAGACUUUUAACGAAAAUGAAAGAUUCGACAUUAAGCCCACCUUUGACCCUGAAGCGCUGUCCUUUUUUCCCCUCAUUUACCAACUUUUAGUAACUUUGAAAUCGAUUUUUUUAUUCUAUUGUUGUAUUCAAUUUUUAUUUUUUUUAUUUAACAAUUAUUAAGAACUAUGUGAGCACUGUGCAAGGCAUUUAAAUGCUUCGAAUUUUUGGUAGAGGUAUAAUAUAGUGGCGACCUCGAGAUCGACUAAAAUCUUGUGGCGUUAACACAAAAACAAAAGUUUUGUGAAAUUAAAGUAUAUCAAAGGAAAAGUCUUCGCUAUAUGUGCAGAAGCAUUCAUCAUUAAAGUUUAUUGUGCUGCGUAGGAUAACUGUCUUCGCUAUUCUUGCUUCGCGAACAUGGAAAAAUAUUUCAAACUCGUAUUGGAACUAAUCUGAAACUGUUUUGAAUUUCGUCUAUGCAUUCGACAAUGUAAACAGUAUGAAAGUGAGCGCUCAAUAAUUAACUCUUUGUAUUGGGUUUUUAUAAUACAAUUUACACUUAAUAGCAUACUCCUAUACUUUGCUCGUAAAAUAAACGUACAAUAUUCAAGCCCUAUGGAAAUACUCCGAGUUUUCUUGGAGGGAACCUAAAUCAUAUUUCUGAUCACAAUUUUACAAUAUUAAUUUAAUAACAUACCUACAUUUAAAUAUUUUAAAAAGCUCUCACUUUUGGCUACAAUAAAUUUGUAUUUUCCCGCGUAUACUACUCACAUUCCUCGAAAGAUUUCUCGAAAACCUGCGACCUUCAGUUGUGAAAGAACUCACAGGGCGGGGGCAUACACGAGUGGUGCCUUGAAACCGCGAAUAGUUCACCGGAAGAACUCAGACGUAGGCAGAUGCCAAUUAACAGUAUGGCAGUGGUACACGUGCCAUGGGCGCCAUUUAGAGAAUACCCUCCAAUACAUAACAACCCUAAUUUGAAGUAUCCUG